UGCUGGCGGCCGCCGCGUCGGGGCUGAGCGCGGCGACACUGCUGGCCCCAGUCCUCCCGGACGUUGAGGCGUAUGGAACCUCACGGUCUUUGUGAUAAUGGAAACCAAAAAAUUGAUUGGUAAAUCGCUUCAACCAGCAAGACCUGUUCGACAUCUGACUUCUUCUCCCUCUGGAGCAGUAUUCCCUUUCAACUUUCAAACUGAAUAUCCAUGCAGCACUCAGUACUUACCAAGUGGAGUUAGCAGAUGUAAGACGAAUGGAAUGCAAGCCUUUUCUCAAGGUCUCAGUGAGCCACAACAUCAGCCUCCAGUUAAAAAAGAGAGAAUUAAAUACAGCAGAGAUUUCCUGUUGAAGCUCUCAAGUGUUUCCAUCUGCAGGAAAAAACCAGACUUUCUGCCUGAUCAUCCCAUUGUACUUCAAAAACCAGAAAACAACCAAAGUGGUAAGGAGCACUUUAAGAACAGGUGAUUUUGAAGAUGAAGAAUCAUUUGUUCUAUGUGUUGGACACCUGCAAAUGAAGUGGAUCUAGUAACUAUUACUGUGAUGGACUGUGACAAUUCAAUUUAUUUUUCAUUUUGAUGGUUAGGUAUUUGGUUUCUCCUAAAAUGAGAGAAAGAUAUUUUAAGCUAUAAAGAAUUUUCUAAUCAGUUUCAGCUUUUCAGGCAGUUUCCUAAAUAAACUGGGAAGAAGCACUCACAAAUAAAAAUGUGGUUAGUGACUUGGGAAGACUGUAUUUAUAAUUUGCAUGCUACUUCCAGUUUUUUUGGUUUUCAUCACUUGUAAUAAUGGAAUGGAAAUGUAAGCUGUAAAGAUUCUCAAUAUAAAGUAUUUGCUGCGAUAUAUACAUGGCAUGUAAUUCCUUGUUGCUAAAGUUGCUUCUGUUUUAUUCCACACUGAUUUUUGACCAGCACCUGCAAGGGCCUCUAGUCUCGGCAGAGGCUUCAAACGAGCCAGGCUGUUCACGGCAGUCUCAGUGAUGCAAGGGAGAAUAUUUUAAUGGGCUUUUCUUUUCAAAUAUAUGUUUUUAAUAACAUUGUCUAAGAUGCAUAGUUCCUGGUGAAGAUCGACAGUUUGGAAACAGUGGUAGUGGACACUGAAGGUGGACAUGCUGCUACUGUGUCACUGAUCAGACCUGUGAACAGAAUUGACCGCAAAACACAGUGCUCCUUCCAAAGAGGAAACAUGUAGGCAUUUGCAAACAAUUGAGGUACAUUAAGAUUCAAUUCUGUAAUUUCUAAUAAGAGCAUGUAUAGAUGAAGAAUUCGGGGGUUUAAACUUUUAGCUCCUAGAACUUUUAUACAAUCUUUUGGAAUUUGUCAAUCUGGAUGUUACUAUUUCCAAGAGUAUCUUCCAGCACAGUGCCAAAAAUGUCGCCGACCUACAGGUAGGUGAACUCUCCUUACUUCAGUCUCUCAGAUUCUCUCACCCUCAGGUCUAUUGGGAUGGCAUUUAAGGCCGUCAUUUGGUGGAAAGUUAACCUUAGAUUGAAUUCUGAACUCCUAGAAAAGGACCUUUUUAUUCACUGGCCUUCAGGCUUGUUACCCAGAUUAAAGCUUAAAGUCCAUGGUGGGUCUCCCACCUUGGUAUUUCAGCACCCACCCUACUUCUCAUUACUUUGUUCCCCAGACAAAUAGAUUAUGUUUUAUAUAGAGAAGACUUCAUUAACCAUACAUUUAUCACUUAGUUUGAAAUUAGAUAUUCAUACCUAGAGCCAAUUUUCCCCCUUUAUAUUAUAGGUUCCAGUAUAUAUGUGUGUAUAAAUACACACACAGAUGCUCUCUCACACAAAAAUUUAUGUAUAAUUUACAUAAGAGCUGGGGUCAGAAUUGCCAUUAUAAUUAUAUUGGUUUGCUUUAUUAUUUGCCUAUUCUCAAGGUCUUUUGAUUCUAGUUAAAAAAUACUCUGGAAACUAUUCCAAUUUGUAAUCUGAAGAUGGUGCUGUUGCCGAGGGCAGAGCCUCAGUCACACUGCCAUGCACUUGGAAAGCUGCCUAGUCUCCACGACCGCUGCACUUUCUGAAUCUGAUACUGACAUGGACUGGCCAGAAUAACACUGUCAUUGGCUGUAAUGUGUAUUUUUGAAACCAUUUAUAACCUUGUGUUCAAGAAGAGUUUGUGUGUCAAUAGUCCCCUAGGUUUCAGUCUUUUGACUUUUAUUUAUGCGCCUUUGUACAUAUAUAUGGUUUGAAUAAUCAUUGUACAUGUCCAUUAAUUUUUUUUGCUUGGUAUAUGAAUUAAAAGUUGAGCAAGGUGUUGUUUCAUAGUGUUUCUCAUCUUUAGAAAUGAUCCAAGACACACACAUGUAUUUACAAACAUGUAUGUGUGCAUAUAUGUAU